AUGCUGCCUCCCAAGGCCAUACCACCUUUCUGGCAUGCCAUUUUCAUCAUAGUGGUGAAUGAUACACUUGUCCGGCAGGCUUCAAUGAUAUUCAAGUGUUUUCUGUUGAUGUACUACAAGAACAGUAGGGGUCGAAAUUAUCGUAAACAGGGUCAGUUGCUAACUUUGGUUGAAUAUUUGAUGCUUCUGUAUCGCUCUUUGCUGCCUACCCCUGUAUGGUACCGUUUCUUCUUGAACAAGGAUUAUGGAAGCCUCUUCUCGUCUCUUAUGACGGGAUUGUAUCUGACUUUCAAGCUCACUUCAGUAGUUGAGAAGGUUCAAUCCUUCUUUACGGCAUUGAAGGCUUUGUCACGUAAAGAGGUGCACUAUGGAUCGUAUGCAACUACAGAGCAGGUCAAUGCGGCGGGCGACUUGUGUGCUAUUUGCCAGGAGAAGAUGCACACCCCAGUUCUUCUUCGCUGCAAACACAUGUUUUGCGAAGAUUGCGUUUCAGAGUGGUUUGAGAGAGAAAGGACGUGUCCUCUGUGCAGGGCCUUGGUCAAACCAGCAGAUCUGAAGUCAUUCGGCGAUGGCUCCACCAGCCUUUUCUUCCAGAUAUUCUGA